ACAAAUCUGAAAUCUCUGUAAUUAAGGCGGAGAAUUUUCUAUAUUGGUAAUCAUAGAUAAUUCUUUGGUUGUAAAAGAUAACAAAAAAGUCUAUAUAAGUCUCGACUCUCUCUAUCUCUUUUUAUGUCAUAAACGUAAACAAAUAAGUAAACAUGUCAACACUCAAUAACACUACUCCGGUUAACAGUGUUUCCCCAUCCUCCAUCAUUCGAGCUUCCAUCAUCCAAGCCUCCACCGUCUAUAACGAUACUCCAAAAACUAUUGAAAAGGCAGAGAAGCUGAUUGCCGAGGCGGCCAGCGGGGGCUCGGAGCUAGUGGUGUUCCCAGAGGCAUUUAUCGGUGGCUAUCCUCGUGGCUUUAGGUUCGGUAUGGGGGUUGGUGUUUUUAACGAAGAUGGUCGUGAUGAGUUCAGAAAGUAUCAUGCUUCUGCCAUUCAUGUUCCUGGCCCUGAAGUUGAAAAACUGGCGGAAAUUGCUAGAAAAUACAAUGUGUACUUGGUGAUGGGGGCUAUAGAGAAAGAUGGAUAUACACUCUACUGCACAGCCCUUUUCUUCAGUUCGGAAGGUCGGUUCUUGGGGAAGCACCGUAAACUCAUGCCAACAACUACUGAACGUUGCAUUUGGGGUUACGGGGAUGGAUCAACCAUCCCUGUUUAUGACACUCCAUUAGGCAAACUCGGUGCUGCUAUUUGCUGGGAAAAUAGAAUGCCUCUCUACAGAACUACAUUGUAUGCAAAAGCCUGCCAGUUCUGUCGGCGUAAAGAUUUUCCUGAACAUCCUGAUUACUUGUUUUCCGACUGGUACGAUGAGCAAGAACCUGAUUCUAUUGUCUCUCAAGGCGGUAGUGUCAUCAUUUCACCAUUGGGAAAGGUUCUUGCUGGACCAAACUUUGAAUCAGAGGGUCUCAUCACAGCUGAUCUUGAUCUUGGUGAUGUCGCAAGAGCGAAGUUAUACUUUGAUGUGGUGGGACAUUACUCGAAGCCUGAGGUUUUUAACUUGACAGUAAAUGAGCACCCAAUGAAACCAGUUACAUUCGUGUCAAGAUCAGUGAGAGUGGAGGAUGACUCAGAACCUCAAGACAAUUAAUCAAGAUCUAAAGCUCAUCAAUUUAUCCUCUCCAUAACUGCUGGAGUUAAUGUCAAUCAUAUAUUUAUGUCAUGUUCAACAUUAUUCUGUUAAGCUUAUUUAUGUUUAUGUUCUAUAAUAUAAGAACCAGUCCGGUAAAACCAAUUAGUUUUUCUCUUUUCUUUAAGUAUCAUGAAAUUUAUUUUAUAGUUUUAUACAUCCCUAAUAUAAGUUUUCUUUUGCUGAUAAAAUGUUAUUAUGAAGUUUAAUCAAUUGUGAUUCUCCAGAAAAAAAAAUAUAUAUAUAUUGUUUGUAGCAUCAAAUAUGUU